AUGGCUCCCGUUUCGUCAGUCAAGCGCCGCAUUGUCAAGAAGCGGACCAAGAGCUUCCCGCGUUUCCAGUCCGACAGAUGGAAGCGCCUGAGUCCCUCAUGGAGAAAGCCAAAGGGUAUUGACUGCCGCGUUCGCCGCAAGUUCAAAGGCACCAACCUCAUGCCCAACAUCGGCUACGGCUCCAACAGGAAGACCCGGCACAUGCUGCGGAACGGCUUUUACAAGUUCCGCGUCGAGAGGCCCCAAGACAUCGACAUGCUGUUGAUGCACAACACGAAGUUCGCUGCGGAAAUUGCUUCCGGCGUUUCCUCCAGAAAGAGGCGCGAGAUCGUCGAACGCGCAGAACAACUUAAUGUCCUUGUUCUGAACAAGUCCGCGCGCCUCAACACUGCAGAGGACGAGUAA